AUGGGUGCCGAGCGCGCGCGGCGCUGGAAGCUCCUGCCCUUCCGGUCGCUGUCCCUGCCACCGCCGGCAGCAUCGAAGCCCAAGAACAGGCCGCCGGGCGUCACUGUUCCUCCGGCCCCGGCGACGAAGGAGAAGGGAGAGGAAGAGGAGGUGCCGGCGGACUUCCUGUGCUGCCCCAUCCUCCGCACGCCGAUGGCGGACCCGGUCAUCCUGCCGUCGGGCCGGACGUACGAGCGCGCGUGCGUCCUAGCCUGCGCGGAGCUUGGCCUCUCUCUCGGCCCUGACGGAGUGGUGGCGGGCGACAGGGGCACACCGGGCGGAGGCGUUGCCGCUGCCAUACCCAACGACGCGCUCCGGGCGGCCGUCCGGACGUGGUGCGCGCGCUCAGGUCGCGCGGCGCCCGUGGCGCCUUCGGGCGAGGAGGCGAGGGUGGCCGUGCUCCGCGCGGUGGCGGCGGGGACGCAGCCUCCAACGAGGUCGUCAUCGAACCUGUCGUGCUCGUCGGAGGGGGUUCCGGUCCCGGCGAGGUCCGCGUCGAACCUGUCGUGCUCGUCGGAGGGGGCGUCCGCUGCCUCCACGUCGUCCUCGUCGUCGGGUAGGUCGUCAAGGGAGAUGGCGCCGGUCGAGGUGCAGGUGGUGGUGCGCGGGAAGGAGGCGGCGAAAGUGGAACAAGACGAGCCCGUGCGUGUUGCUGACGCAGAGGAGGAGGUCGUGGCGAAGGUGGUGGAGGCCAGGGACGAGACGGAAGUGGAGGCGGCGAUGGCCGCACUGCGGCGGGCGACGCGGGAGGGCGCGGCGAGGCGGCGCGCGCUGUGCGGUCCGCGGCUGCUGGCGGCGCUCAGGCGCGUGCUGCUGUCCUCGCGCCACACCGCGUCGGCGCGCGCGGACGCCGCCGCGGCGCUGGUGAACCUCUCGCUGGAGCCGGAGAACAGGGUGCCCGUCGUGCGCGCGGGCGCGGUGCCGGCGCUCGUCGAGGUGCUCGCGUCGGCCGCCUCGCCGGCCGAGGCGCGCGAGCACGCGGCGGGGGCGCUCUUCGGCCUCGCCCUCCACGAGGGCAACCGCGCCGCCAUCGGCGUGCUCGGCGCCUUGCCGCCGCUCCUCGCGGCGCUCGCGGACCGCGACCACGCCGCCCCGCGCGCGCGCCGCGACGCCGGGAUGGCGCUGUACCACCUCUCCUUGGCCGCCGUGAACCAGUCCAAGCUCGCGCGCGCCCCGGGCGCGUCCAGGACCCUGCUCUCCGUCGCGUGCGACGCCGCUGAGACGGCGCCCAUCCGCAGGCUGGCGCUCAUGGUGCUCUGCAACGUGGCUGCCUGCGCGGAGGGCAGCGCCGCGCUGAUGGACGCGGGCGCCGUGGCCACGGCGUCCGCCAUCCUGUCUGAAGGAGCGUGCGACGCGGAGCUGCAGGAAUGUUGCGUGGAGGCGUUGUACGCCAUGAGCAGGGGGAGCCCGCGGUUCCGGGGGCUCGCCAGAGCGGCAGGCGCGGACCGCCCACUCAUGCUCAUCGCCGAGCAGGCGAGCCCGGGCGUCGACAAGGAGGUGGUUCAGACGGUGCUGCGCAAGAUGGGCCGCGACAGCAGCGAUGAUGACCACACGUCGGUCUGCAGGAACGACGAGGGCCACCAUGGCCGCAGCAGUUUGCCUCACCGCCGGCGCGUUGCAAGCUGGAGCGCUACGCCUGUCGCGACACCACCAAGCUCUCAUCAAUGGCGAUCCGUGUGCAUUGAUUAA